UACUCAGAUACUCGUUCGCAGCGGACUCGAUCGCGACUCGCGAGUUUGUUGUUGUUUGUCGCUGUCAAUAGAAAGUGAAAACGGAGCACCCGGAUGAACGGCAAAUGAAUCAAGCGGAGUGACAACAAAAGCGGGAAAUGUGAAAAUGCGCACGGCAGUGGGUUGAAGCGAGACGGGAAUAGCGAUGCCCGUUUGCCCGCUGUGCGUGUGUGUGUGUGCAGCGGCGGCCGUAGCAGCUGUUGGUAUGUGUGUGUAUCGCAAGUGCAGGAGCAUUUUGCAUUGCAAAAACAAAAGUGAAAAGUGCGUAAAGUGCGAAGAGAACAAGAAACAGGAUUAAAAGUGACGAAUUAGAUUCCCCCGGGGAAUCCCCCAAGUGGUGUAUAUUCCGAAAAUGCGCGCAAAGGCGGACGAAAGCUGCGAAUUCGUUACGCUGCAUUUGGACUUUUGGGGGCGCUCUGAAAAAUCGAUUGGCCGCAAGGAAAGUGGCGACCGCGAAAUAAUGGAGGAUUUGGACUCCAACCAGGCGGCUACACUGCUCGAAAAGUCCAGCAAAGAUGGCGAGAUGAAGGUGCUCCACCAGUGAAAAGCCAGCAGUUACUCGAUUCCGGCAGCGAGGAGCGACGCGAUGUCGAAAAUGAGGGGUCGCAUCCUGAUCCCACUGCCCAAUACCGGAGCAAUGGGUCGCAAGCGCAACAACUUCUACAUGCGGAGUCUGUUCCUGCUGGCCCUGGGCAUCUUUGGCCUGCUCCAGUACAACAACUUCAACUAUCUGGACUCGCGGGACAAUGUGCUGGGCGACGCGGUGACCAACGACUCGGACGACGCCAUCCUGGCCAUGGUGCCCGCCACCCUGCACAAGUAUCUGACGCCCCACUCCCGCAAUCACACCGCCUCGGGAGCAGGAGCCCUCACAGGCGCGGCCCUGCUCCUGAACGCCAGUAGUCCGGGAGCUGCCACUGCCAGCACCAUCAGCUUCGACGUGUACCAUCCUCCGAAUAUCACGGAGAUCAAGCGGCAGAUCGUGAGGUACAACGACAUGCAGAUGGUGCUCAACGAGGACGUCUUUGGACCGCUGCAGAACGACUCUGUGAUAAUCGUGGUCCAGGUGCACACGAGGAUCACCUACCUGCGCCACCUGAUCGUUAGUCUGGCGCAGGCCCGGGACAUCUCCAAGGUGCUGCUGGUGUUCUCGCACGACUACUACGACGACGACAUCAACGACCUGGUGCAGCAGAUCGACUUCUGCAAGGUGAUGCAGAUCUUCUACCCGUACUCCAUUCAGACGCAUCCUAACGAGUAUCCCGGCGUGGAUCCCAACGACUGUCCGCGGAACAUCAAAAAGGAGCAAGCUCUGAUCACCAACUGCAACAAUGCGAUGUACCCCGAUCUCUAUGGCCACUAUCGGGAGGCGAAGUUCACGCAGACGAAGCACCACUGGAUCUGGAAGGCCAACCGGGUGUUCAACGAGCUGGAGGUGACCCGCUACCAUACAGGACUGGUACUGUUCCUCGAGGAGGAUCACUACGUGGCCGAGGACUUCCUAUACCUGCUGGCCAUGAUGCAGCAGCGCACCAAAGACUUGUGCCCCCAGUGCAACGUGCUGUCCCUGGGCACCUAUCUGAAGACCUUCAACUACUACACGUACCACAGCAAGACUAACAAGAAAUCCUAUGCUUCCUCGCUGAUCUCGACAAACAGUCUAUUAGGAUACAAUAGGAAUAACAAUAGAAACUCUGUGCAAUUAGCUGUGUCGUCCUCUUACUCCUCCUCAUCAUCUGCGCAAUCACCACCGCCAUCCAAAGUCUAUGUGGGCGACACAUCUGACCACCAGAGAGCCAGUGACUCCAGUAGCAGGCGGGGCAACCUCAUCAACACUGUCACCGCCACAGCCACAGCCACCGCCGCCACAUCCGACACCACCAAUAACGAGCAAAGUAGCCAUAGCAGCAGCAAAAAUGGUGCACAAACAUGGAACUAUCAUGUCCUGCCGUCAUUGUAUUCCGUCUAUCAGAAGGUGGAGGUCAUGCCCUGGGUCAGCAGCAAGCACAACAUGGGCUUCGCCUUCAAUCGCACCACCUGGUCGAACAUCCGGAAGUGCGCCCGCCACUUCUGCACCUACGAUGACUACAACUGGGACUGGUCCUUGCAGCACGUUUCGCAGCAGUGUCUGCGGCGCAAGCUGCACGCCAUGAUUGUCAAGGGUCCGCGGGUCUUCCACAUCGGAGAAUGUGGCGUUCAUCACAAGAACAAGAACUGCGAGUCCAACCAGGUGAUCUCGAAGGUGCAGCACGUGCUGCGGAUAGCCCGCAACUCGCACCAGCUCUUCCCGCGCUCCCUCACCCUCACGGUGCCCAGUCUGAUGAAGAAGUCCAAGCUGCGCAAGGGCAACGGCGGCUGGGGCGAUCUGCGGGAUCACGAGCUGUGCCUGAACAUGACGCUGGCCACGAGGUAAGGCCAGAGAGUCAGGGAGCCAGGAAGGCCAGGAAAGCCAGGAAAACCGGGGAGCCCACGGCAUGGAAACCAAUCAGUCAGUAGCGAGGAAGCCUAGCUCAUAGCGUUAUCUAAGUAGGAUUAUUAAGCAGUAGCCUUAGUCACUGUAAACGAACAUUCAGCAAGUACUCUGCAUCAGCUAACUAACCGAAAAUAAUCAAAGCCAGAAGUCAGAAGACAGAAGCCCAAAGACCCUCGCCUCGGGCGCUGCACAACUCAUACUAUAAGUAACCCUCUAGUCACACAUUCAAAUGGCAUCGCCGUGUUGUAAUCUGCUACCUUGUUCCGUUCGCCCUUCAGUUCGUCGAUCAUCACUGGUGGUGUUGAGGCGCCGUCCAGAUCCGCGGAUCGACAGAGUGCCGAGCGACGGGGUGGCAAUCCUUCAAACUGAAACUAGAAUCUAAACCUACGAAUACUAGCGAUAGACCAUAUACAUGAAUAUACUAACUCGUAUCCCCAGAUUGUGCCGAAGCCGUUUAGCAAGCGGCCAGUUAACUUGAGUCUAUAGUAAAGAGUCUAGAGGCAGCUAAUCGCAUAAACUAGUCAUAGCAAUGUACCACAUGCACAUGCGCUAUAAUACAUCAUAAAUCAAACUUUUGAUAUAUCUACGAGCCUACGUUUUAAGCCUGUACAUAGAGGAAUUGCGUUGUAUACAUCACAUAAGGUCUUUUUAUGAUAUUAACGCGGAACUAAUGUAAUUUGUUAUUUUUUAAUCGUUAGUCCAAAGCGCUUUUAUGUAUUAGGAAUUUUUGAUUAAUCAAACGAAUAAUCCUAGUGAAUAAAUGCCAAGUAUAUGCU